UAAAACGUCGGGCUGAACUGUGCAGUUCACACUACAUGACUUUCUCUCUGUGAAAUCAGGAGUGCUCAAGUUGUUGAGCCGUUCACACCAAACGACACAUCGUGAUUGAUCUGCAACUGGAGCUGACGCACUACAGGAUUUGACAACAACUCUGUCACCCAACGAUUAAAUCUCGUCUACAAACCACGUUUUGUCACGAAAAAUCACGCGAUAAAACGAACCGGAAAUGACGCAAAACAGCACAGCACGCGCAACAAUACCCAGCGAAGAAGACAAAGAAUAAACACGACACACAAGUAUGGAGGUUAGACAAAAGCUUGUGGUCCAAACUGUGUGUGCAAUUAUUUGCUCUGAGACAAAACACAAAAAAAGAAAAAAUAAGAGAGUAUGGGUGAAAGAGUGGAUCCGUUUACGCGAUCAGCAGGGAUUGUCUGUGCUACAGAGAGAGUUGGAGAAUAAUGAUAGGACAGGCUUCAGGGAGUUGCUGCGAAUGACGGCGGAGGAGUUUGAUUUUUUGCUGGAUAGAGUCCAGCAUCUUAUAACAAAGCAGAACACCAAGAUGAGACGUGCAAUACCACCUAGAGAGCGUCUUUCUUUGACCCUGCGGUUCUUGGCAACAGGUGAAGCGUUCAAGUCCCUCAGAUUCCAGUACAGGAUGGGCACCAGCACCAUCUCACAAAUAGUGAUGGAAACCUGUACAGCUCUGUACCAGGUUAUGAAGGAGGAUUUCUUGAAGACUCCAUCGACGGAGGGAGAGUGGCACCAAAUAGCAAUGGACUUUGAAAGGAAGUGGCAGUUUCCACAUUGCCUUGGGGCACUGGAUGGAAAACACAUUUACAUACAGCCUCCAAGAAAGAGUGGAAGUUUUUACCACAAUUACAAGGGCAGGUUCUCUGUGCUUAUGAUGGCUGCAGUAGAUGCGAACUACAAGUUCAUCUACGCAAGUGUGGGUACCCAAGGUCGAGUUUCAGAUGCCGGACUGUUUGCUCAUUCUGACCUGCGCAAAGCAAUGGACCAGGGAAGACUGCGCUUUCCCCCACCCGAGCCCUUGCCCAAUUCAGACACAGUGAUGCCCUACAUGUUUGUGGGAGAUGAUGCAUAUCCCUUACGGCAUGACCUAAUGAAGCCAUAUCCAUUCAGGCAGAUGGAGCACAGUCAGAGGGUCUUUAACUAUCGUUUGUCUAGGGCACGAAGGGUGGUAGAGAACGCAUUUGGCAUUCUUGCGAACCGGUUGAGAGUGUUUAGGUCGACCAUAUGCUUGGAGCCAGACAAGGUGGUGAAGAUAACAAUGGCUUCUCUGUGCAUCCACAACUUCCUCUGCGAGCGCAGGUCAGAAGCAUAUGCCCCUCCAGCUUUUGCAGACUGGGAGACGGCUGACCACAACAUGGUUGAUGGGCAAUGGAGGAAUCAUGGCAUGGGUGCUUUCCAACCGAUGGAGAACACGUCACAUCGCAAUUAUACAGCAACAGCAAAAAUGCAACGAAAUCUGAUGCGGGACUACUUUGUCUCACCGGCAGGAAGUGUUUCUUGGCAGGAUCAACACAUUUAAAAAGGAACUGCCAUAGAGUUAUCCCUGCAAACAGCAGUUUAAAGUAAUUUUUGGACAUUUUUUUAUUAUCUUUUGUGUGGUCAAAAGUACUGUAUUAAUAAAGAAUAUUGUUUUGAUAUGA